GAAAGCGGUCAAAGUCGCCUGGGCAGUACCCUGGCCGAUGUCUCUUGCGUUUCGCAUAUUAAAAGUCGAACAGAAGUUCCGAUCCACUUGAUAGCUGAAUGCAAAACUGAGCUCAGCUUAAUCAGUCAAUCAUGCGGCCCGGUGUACUGAUUCUAGUUGCAGUGGUGGCUGUCGGAAUGCCGACUAUCGCAUCGGCGAACAUAUUUGAGUACCUAUGGGCAGAUGGAUCAGGUAGUUCUGAAGUUCAAACUAGACAAGACAAUGAGGGUAUUAGUACAUGUGAUUGUGCCGGACCUGCUUGUCAAUGUUGUGUUGAUUUUAACUUGACAUAUAUCGAUCUAGGAGGACCAGGAUGUGUCCAGAUGGAAUAUAUAUCGCAAGAAGAAGGUAUUAAGCUUAAUGUGUCUUACGGAGAUAGUCUGCUGCACAGCCAGCAUGUUAAAGGACCGAAACCCAACGCAACUUGCAUGGCAUUAUUAACGAAUAUCGCUGACAUAUGUGCCAGGUUCUCUGAUUUGCUACCGCAUAAUGACGGUUUGAGAGGAUGCUUGUUACUGGAGCCCAAAUUACUAGGCGCAGUAACAACAACGUUCAGAAUAGGUUGCUUUACAAUGGGCCCAAAAGGUAUGAUUUUAGAACAACACAACACCACAGCCAUUGAAAAUACAGUAUCAAAUGCUACAGACGCAACUGAGAAUCAAAAUGAAUCGGAAAUCAUCAAUGGGAACCUGCUGGCUGUAGUAAAUGAGACUGCGGAACAGGGGUUGGCAUUUCUGGGCAAUCUAUUAGGGCUGGCUUUCAGCGAAACUGACGAAAUUGAGGCAGACAAGGAGAACUCCACGACAGCUCAAAUUGCAACGACCCUCGAUAACUCCACACCUGGCAAUGUUAAAAAAUAAACCUAAUUAAUUUAUUACUUUAUUUAUUUUUUUAUAUUUAUUUGUUUUUAUUUAAAUUAUUUUAGAAAUAUGCAAAGUAGAAAACAUUGUGUUAGAUGCAAAUAAA